AGUCACGCGCCCCUCCCGCCCCAGCUCGGCCACGCAGCAUGGGGCGCCCCCGGCUUCUGCCCGGCGCGCUGCGCCUCCUGCUCUGCCUGCUUCCCGGGACCCUGGCUGCAGGGAGCCAUCUCUCCCUCCUGUACCACAUCACGGCCGUGACCGACCCCCAUGGGGGGACUCCCUCCUUCUUUGUGUCCGGCUGGCUGGGCCCCCAGCAGUACCUGAGCUACAGCAACAGGCGGUCGGAGGCGGAGCCCUAUGGGGCUUGGAUCUGGGAAAGCCAGGUGUCCUGGUACUGGGAGAAAGAGACCGUGGACCUGAAGAACAAACAGCAGCUCUUUCUGGAAGCUCUCGAAGUGCUGGGGGAAGGUUCCUACACCCUGCAGGGCCUGCUGGGCUGUGAGCUGGGCCCAGACAACGCCUCGGUGCCCACAGCCAAGUUCGCCCUGAACGGUGAGGACUUCAUGAGUUUCGACCCCAAGCAGGGCAGCUGGGCUGGGGAGUGGCCCGAGGCCCUGCGGAUCAGCACCAGGUGGCAGCAGCAGGCCGAGGCGGUCAGCAAGGAGAGAACCUUCCUGCUCACCUCCUGCCCCCAGCGGCUGCUGGGGCACCUGGAGAGGGGCCGCGGCAACCUGGAGUGGAAGGAGCCGCCCUCCAUGCGCCUGAAGGCCCGGCCCGGCUCUCCCGGCUUCUCCGUGCUCACCUGCAGCGCCUUCUCCUUCUACCCGCCGGAGCUGCAGUUCGGAUUCCUCCGGAAUGGGAUGGCGGCCGGCUCCGGAGAGGGCGGCUUCGGCCCCAACGGCGACGGCUCCUUCUACGCCUGGGCUUCGCUGUCCGUGCGCAGCGGCGACGAGUACCGCUACAGCUGCGUGGUGCGCCACGCGGGGCUGCCGCAGCCGCUGUCGGUGGCGCUGGAUUGGCCAGCCCAGUCCUCGGUGACCGUGGCGGGCAUCGUUGUCGGCGUCCUGCUGCUGGUGGCCGUGGCCGCGGGAGCUGCCCUGGCGUGGAGGAGGAGGAGGGGGCUGCCAGCCCCCUGGGUCUUUCUCCGUGGGGACGACAUCAGAACGCUCCUGCCCCAAGACGAGGGCCCCCAGGACGUGAGCGCCUUCCCGGCCACUGCCUGACGCCCUGUUCCGGCUGCUGGUCGCCGGCCGAGGCAGCCAGCUCUCUCGUGCUGUGAGACCCCUGGAAUCCCGGCCUCUCUGAGCCUCCAGGAGUCCUGGACCCGUGCCCCAGGGCCUGCCUCGCCGCCCCCACGUCCACACCGCCUGUAACCCGUGUGGGCCCCCAUCCUCUUGUUUGUGCUCCAGUUGGGGGGGCGGGGGAGGCCGAGGGAGUGGGGUGGGGGCGCAAGCCCGGGGCUCCUGGCUCUGCCGUCUAACAUGUACCCACUUUUGUAUUCCAAGGCAUGUAUUUCCCACUCACAAAUAUUUACGUAAUACUUUUACUGAA